UAGGAGAGAAAAAAGUAUAGUGAAAGUAAUAAAGGAAUAUAGGGCAUGAAAAUCCGCCGUCCAUUACGCUUUGUCUUCCUCUUCACUCUUGGUUCCAUUACUGUGAGUUACAGACACAACACAACGCACUUCUUCUCACUGUCCCCAUGGCAUCGAGCACGAUCCGCAAGGCGAUUGGCGUGGUCAAGGACCAAACCAGCAUCAGCAUUGCCAAAGUCGCCGGCAAUUUGGCCCCCGACCUCGAGGUCUUAAUCGUCAAAGCCACCAGCCACGAACAAGUCCCCGCCGAUGAAAAAUACGUCAGAGAAAUCCUGACAUUGACGUCGCUUUCCAGAAGCUACAUCAACGCUUCUCUCGUCACCAUUUCCAAGAGGCUCAACAAGACUCGCGAUUGGAUCGUCGCCAUCAAAGCCCUCUUGCUCGUUCACAGGCUCUUGGUCGACGCCCACCCCGCCUUCGAGGAGGAGAUCGUGCACUCCACGCGCCUCGGCACCUCGAGGAUUCUCAACAUGUCCGACUUCAGAGACGACGCGCAUUCCAACUCAUGGGAUCAAGUGGGUUUCGUUAGGGUUUACUCGCUGUAUCUCGAUGCGAAGGUUGAUUUUGUGGCUUAUAGGAGAAAAUUAAGCGGCGGUGUUGUUGAAUCUGUGGAGUUUAGGGAUGAGUUUGGCUCUGCUGAGAGAGAGAGGAAUGAGGUCACUCCUGUGAGGGAAAUGGGAGCUGAGAGAGUUUUGAAGAGGUUGAACCGUUUGCUGCGGAUGCUUGAUCGUGUCUUGGGUUGUAGGCCCAGUGGUGCUGCCAAGAACAAUAGCUUGGUGCUGGUUGCGCUUUACCAGGUUGUGAGGGAUAGUUUUAAGCUUUAUGCAGAGGUGUGUGAUGUUUUAGGGGUGUUGUUGGAUCGGUUCACCGAGAUGGAGUAUGAGCAUUGUGUGAAGGCCUUUGAUUCUUAUGUUAGUGCUGCUAAGAUGAUGGAUGAGUUGGUGGGGUUCUAUGGUUGGUGUAAAGACACGGGAAUUGCGAGGUCUUCUGAGUACCCUGAUGUGCAGAGAAUCACUGAUAAGCUUUUGGGGACUCUUGAGGGUUUCUUGAAGGAGAUGAGUUGUAGGCCAAAGAGUCCUGAGAGGAAGUUAGAAGUGAAGGUAACUGUGAAUGAAUCACAACCAGAGGCAGAUAUGAAUAAGGUGAAGGCUCUUCCAGCACCUGAGACUGAGAGUUUUACACCUCCACCACCCAUGUCGGUUGCACAGCCUAAUAAGAUAGCUCCUAAUUCUCAAAAGCAGACGAGUGAUUUGGUGGAUCUAAGGGAAGAUGGGGUUUCGGCGGAUGAGCAAGGGAAUAAGCUAGGGGCUGCAACUGUGAGGACAGAAGGUUCCUGGGAGGCAUUUCCAUCAAAUGGGGAAUCUGAAGUGAAAUCUGCAUGGGAGACACCAGCUGCUGAAGCUGGGAAAGCAGAUUGGGAAUUGGCAUUGGUGGAGAAUACUAGUAACUUGUCAAGGCAAAAGGCUGACUUGGCAGGGGGGUUUGAUCCACUGUUACUGAAUGGGAUGUAUGAUCAAGGGGCUGUGAGGCAACAUGUGAGCACAACUCAGCUGAGUGGUGGGAGUGCUAGUAGUGUGGCACUGCCUGGACCCGGGAAGAGCGCCACCCCGGUUCUGGCUUUGCCUGCUCCGGAUGGAACUGUUCAAGCUGUAGGGCCGCAGGAUCCGUUUGCAGCAUCACUGACGGUGCCGCCGCCUUCAUACGUGCAAAUAGCAGACAUGGAGAGGAAGCAGCAUUUGCUUGUGCAGGAACAACAGCUGUGGCAGCAGUAUGGGAGGGAUGGGAUGCAAGGGCAAUUGGGCUUGUCUAGAGUUGCUGGUGCUCCUGGUUACUAUGCUCCUGCCCCGCAACCUAUGAUGCCUUAUGGAAUGCCACAAUUUGGAGGCAUUGGGCAACCUGGAGGCUAUUACCCUGCACCUUAUUAUUGAAUUGAAGUGAGGGAGGAACUUGUUUUGAGCCAAACUGUGUUUUUUCAUGGUCUUCGAGCUCUCCGGAAGAUCGGACUCUAUUUUUCUGUCUUUGCGUUUGGGAUAUAAAUGUUCAAAAUAUGUUUGAAGAGUUUCAUACUUCGCAAGUUAUAAAUGAUAUGUAGUAUAUAUGAAAUAUUUAAGUCCUUAUCUUUGGUCGUUCAUCACUCCCUGCCGUGUAAUUUUGACACAAAUCUGAUAUUCUAAUAUCAAUAGUGGACUUUCGGAUAGUAA